AUGGACGGAACGAUGCGACGAUCGAGGUCGGUUCUGAAACGAGCCGUCUCGCGCGUUCGAAGCGAGCUUCGAGCGCAGGGAACCGUUGCGGGGAGCGAGCGAACGAGGGCGUUGGUCCUCCACGGAUGGCGCAGUAACGCGAGGGUGAGUCAAAUUCACUGCAACCGUCUGCGCGCGGCGCGGCGCUUUGAUAAGGCGCACUGCGUGUGCGGCACCGAGGAGGCACCGGAGGCGGCGAUGGAGGCGAUGGAAUCUUUAAUCGAUGGCCCGUGGUACUCCUGGGUGGAUGACGCGCGCGGAUCGUUGAGUCAGUCGGAAGAUGAGAGGGCGGAGAAACUACUCCUGGCGCUUCGCGCGGUGGUCAGGUUCGUCAGAGAGCACGGUCCGUACGAUUGCGCCGUCGGAUUCUCUCAAGGUGGUGCCAUUGUGUCUUUACUUUCAAAUCCGGACGUUUUGCGCGCGCUUGGGAUCGAAGAUGGUUUCUUGUGGCGAACGUCGGUUGUCUGUUGCGGCGCCUCGGCGUCCUUGUUUGAUCUGGCAUUUAAGGUACUCGGGGUCAGGACGACGGACCUGUCGAAAUCUCCGAUCCCAUCGCUCCAUAUUUACGGAUUUCAAGACGCUUUUAAACCAGAGGGCGAGCGAUUGAUGCAGACUUUUGAAUCGCGCGACGGCAGCGGAGCUCUCAUUCGUCACUGUCUGUAUUUUGACGGAGGUCACGAUGUGCCCGCUUCUCUCGAGUCUGACGUUGGUUUCCAUGACGAAUUCGACGCCUGGUAUGAGAGCGCGACGCAAUCACAGCUUUCCAUCCAUAACACUAGUGGCGAGGAUUCAGACGUCAUGUAUGCCCCAGCUUUGGAUUAUAUUUCCCACAAGAUGGAGACGCCGUCGACACCCAACGAAGACGUUGAUCUCGAGAGAGGGGACGGCGCCCGUGGAACGGCGGCUAAAACGACCACAUUCGCCACCGCCGAUGCAUUAAUUCGAGGCAAUUACACUAAAUCAACGCCGAAUCCAGGCGGUAACGAACUCAUCUACGCUCUGGACAAGGGAAGCUUGAUACACUGCAAUGUGUUGCGAAACGCCAGUCGGCUUUCAAUCCUGGACUUUUUGGCAAAAGCUCCCGAAGACGCGGUUCUUCUGCGGAGCAUGGAUGGUGCAAGUAUGUCGUAUGGAAAUGUUAUCGAGUUCAUAAUCUCUGGGCCCGGUGACGUGCGCAAAGUUGGAGCUGACGCUAACACCAUCUUUGCGUACAAUGUCCCCCCAGGCCCUGUCGGUGCGCUCGCCUUCCUCGCGAUUACUUCCCAGUGUACCGCGGUUCCUUUAGAUCCUGGAAUCGCUGAAAACGAAGCAUACGAAGCUCUGACGUCAUGUCACGUUUCUCUCCUCACCCUUUUUAGAGACACGAACACUGAGGCGAUCGAAAAGGCGGCGAGUCGCGCGGGUAUCCCGAUCAAAUGGUAUGUCAUUACUGAGAACGACACGGGUUACGCGGGAUAUUACUCGCCGGAAUCGCCAGAAUCGCCUGUUUCAAAUUCAAUCGCAGCUCCAAGUGAAGGCACGGGCCUGUUGCUUAGGACCUCAGGUACGACGUCGAAGUCGAAGGUUGUGCCGUUGGUCAUCGGCGCGUUGACUUCGAAUGGGGCGACUUUGGCAGCCUCCCUGGAGCUCAAACCUUCAGACGUCUGUAUCAACGUCAUGCCUCUCUUCCACAUCGGUGGUCUAUCAGCUUCGAUCUUAGCGACUAUUGCGGCACAUGGCUCCGUGAUUUGCUGCCCGAAGUUUGAUGCUCAGGUGUUCUACGAUGUCGUCACGAGUUCCAGUGGAAUUCGCCCGACUUGGUACUCGGCGAUACCGACCAUUCACUUGGCUGUGUUGCAGUACGGAAAGGCUGUUUCGCAAGGCAUGUGUCCGUCUCAUUGUCUCCGUUUCAUACGAUCCGGCGCGGCGGCGCUCAGCCAUGCGGAUGCAGAGAAAUUGAACGAAUUCUGGGGUGUUCCAAUUGUUCCGACGUACAGCAUGAGCGAGCAGAUGCCCAUUUCUGGUAAAGGUAUGCACAUGAUGCUCCGUGACCGUCAAGACACUGUCGGACAAUCGUUGUGUUGUUCAGUUGCGCUUGUCGAGGACGGUCAUUGCAGAGUCACCCAGCCUUUUGGGCAGCAAGGCGAACUUACUGUUAACGGCGAUAAUGUCAUGAGUGAGUACCGCGACGCAUUCGAAGCAAACAAUAAAACCUACUUUUACAUCGGGGAAAAACGCUAUCUGAGAACUGGUGAUAUCGCCAAGAUUGACGGGGAUGGUUUCAUCUAUCUUACUGGUCGUAGUAAGGAGCUCAUCAAGCGUGGAGGCGAGCAAGUGAGUCCUUUGAAAGUUGAGGCUGUCCUUGUCCAGCACUCGUAUGUACGCGUAGCAGUGGUUUUCAGCGUCCCCUCGCCGUUGUGGGGAGAAGAAGUCGGCGCCGCAGUAGUUUUGAACGACAGUUUUGAUGGUACUCACGAAGCGGCUUUGAAGUCGAUAAAGCACAUGGUGAGUCAAUCAAAGGAGUUAUCGCGAUUUGAGAUCCCUGUGUACUGGAAAAUCGUCGCCGACGAAGAUCUACCGAAAACGUCAACAAAGAAGUACAAGCGAGCAGGCUUGGCGGCAAUUUUGGAUGUGACGAAAGCGGCUCAGGCACGUGUAUGUGAUUUAAAGCCCGCAAAAAAGGUGGUCACCACUUCAACAGGUCUGACCGGGCUACGCUAUUGUAUGGCCGUCGGCGUGAUGUUCAAUCACUUUGGCGGCGUUUGGCAAGGCGAAGAUGAACGUAAUCCUUUAGCGUACGGACCAUACUGGUGGUCUGCCAAAGCGACGACGUUCUACUUCCCCGCCACAACCUUCUUCGUGCUCGGUGGAUUCACUCUCAGCGCAGCGCUAAGCGGCAAGGAAGUCAAGAGGGGCACUUGGCUUUCUUUCUACAAUUCACGAUUCCAAACUCUCGUCCCGCUUUACUUGUUUUCUGUUCUAUGCGGUCUCAUAAAUAUGUUGAUCGUUUGUCGGCCCGAUACUUACAGUGCAAAGUUUAGUUGGCAACCUCACGAGGACACGUAUACGUUAGCAAGCGGUGGACGUGCGCAGUGUUACUCUGGACCAGUCGAGAUGCCUUACGGAGCUUGGUUCGUCAUGACAACCGUCGUCUUUUCGAUCGGUCUUCAAACCUGGUUCCCACUUUGGCUCCUGAGUUCGUGGUUUAUGUACUACACGUGGUUCAACGGCGUAUACUACUUCAUCAUUCUCGUGUUUCCGUACAUGCAAAACGCACUCGCCCGUGUCAAAGGAGACGUGAAGGCCGUCACAAAAUGGUUCAUCUUUUAUACCAUCGGAAUCUGGAUAACUGCGGGAAUCUUGGGCGUUUAUUUUGCAUUCCCACCCUGGGAGGAAUACGAAGACCUCCACAGGGCGAAGAGCUGGGAAAAGAACGCGCAAAACAUCUACGCGCUAUCUACAAUGAUGUUUCCGCCGUACUGGGUUCCGUGCGUCGGCGCUGGUAUGGCUAGUUAUUUCUGGUUUGAUGCCGUGCGACCAGGUCAGUCGCACCGUCGCGCCUUAUAUGGACGUCUUGCAGACAUUUUAACCCUAGCGUUCAUCGCGUAUCAUCUCGCUCAUUUUCUGGACAUCAACUGGCCGUACCCCACAAACGUCGCCGGGAAAAUGUGGGAAGUCACCGCAGACGAACAUCACAACUGGUCUACAGGGAUCAAGCGAUAUGUAUGGUCCGUUAUGACCACGCGACUUUAUUCGCCGUUGAUCGCGGCUUGGGUAGCGUUGCUCGCCACUCCCGGAGGAAGCAUCACGACGCGUAUACUCGAAAAUCAGACGCUCACAAAAACGCUUGCGCCGAAGAGCUACGGUUGCUUCCUCUUUCAUCAACUCGUCUGCCAAUGGUACUGGUGGGCAACGCGGUCGGGAAAUAAUGUACAUGCAAGUGAUGUCGGAAAUAAGUAUCACUGGUCAUGGUGGGCAUAUCCAAAAGAGUACUACUGGUUUUCACCUCAACCACUUCCAGUCGCAUGGUACGAGUUCUUCUUCAUCGUCGGUCUGGUUACCCUCUUCUCCGGUCUCGUGGAUAAGUACCUAAAUUCACCGCUAACCGUUCUGUGGAUUAGGUUUAUCGAUUUCUUCCAGAAUAUCAUAUGGCCAGGCUCGGUGAAGACAGCGAGACGUGAUACAGAAGCUUUGACUCCUGAACAAUCUGUGUUAAACGCCGUCGUGGCUCUCACAGGAGUGGACGAGAAAGUCUCCAUGGAAGACUCGUUUGACGAAAUCGGUCUAGUCUCGGUCGGUUUACCGAUUCUUGUCGGUUUGAUCAACGCCUCGGAGCAAGCGGCGGUGAUUUCGGCUCCAGAUAUCGCCAACUGCGCUAAUCUGAAGGAAGUAGUCCAAGUCGUGGCUCGCAAGCGAAACUUGGCGCAAAACAGCGCUGGCGUCGGAACUAACGGCGCGAACGUGUGA